UUGUCCGGAGUUGACACAAGACUUCCCCAAUCUUGCUGGCGCGUGUGUGGAGUAUAUAAACAAACGGAUUCCAAAAAUGGACACCGAUUAAGGGAAGCUUUCACUAUACAUGUUUUAAAGUUGCACAAAUAGCGGUAAUAAGACGCGAAUUCGGACCCGCCCAAUGACGGAGCGCUGAAGCGCUCUUUGCCCCUUUUCUCCCCCGCUAUCCGAGAAUCAGUUCCUAAAUCUCGGCAGUUCUGAAAUAUUUUCUUGCGCGAUGUCUUGCUGCGAACAAAAGGCUAUAAGGAGUCCGUCGGAAGAGCUGGCUCACCAGCAGCGCGUGAAAAAACUGGCCCAAGAGAAUGGAAAACGGAUCGGUUUGGAGGGCGACCCAGAUCUAAACUUUCUGCUAGUUGGCGGCAUGCUGACCAAGAUUCGGUCCCGCUCCUGGCAGAAAUCCCGCUUCUACCGACUACAGGAGGACUGCAAGACGGUGUGGCACGAGUCCAACAAGCCCUUCAAACGCAAGCAAACGUUCUCAGUCGACGACAUCGAUUCUGUACGCAACGGCCGCCAGUCUGAGGGUCUGAACAAGCACAUCGACCCGAGUGAGGAAGAACGCUGCUUUUCCAUCGUCUUCAAGGGCCGCAAGAAAGUCCUGGAUCUGAUGGCUACCGAUAACGAAGAGGCCAAUCAGUGGGUGAAAAGCUUUGAGAAGGUCUUGAACAACAUGCGCAACCUCAGCCGGCAACAGAAGACCGAGCACUGGAUCAUCGAUUGCAUGCGCAAAGCGGACAAGAACGAGGACAACAAAAUGAACCUGAAAGAGCUGAAGCGCUUCUUGCGACACGUCAACAUUGAAGUCGACGACACGUACGCCGAAGCACUUUUUAAGAAAUGUGACGAGUCCAACUCGGGCUACCUGGAAGACUUUGAGAUCAAGAGGUUUUACGAACUGCUGACCCAGCGCGAGGAGAUAGACGUCAUCUACCAGAACUACGCUCAAACAGAUGGUCGGAUCAGCGCUCGGGACCUGCUCAACUUCCUGCUGAACGAGCAGAGGGAGAACGCCACCGCGUCGGAUGCUCUGCGACUGAUCGAAAAAUACGAGGUGGAUGAAACGGCCAAACAGAAUCAUCUCAUGACCAAAGACGGCUUCCAGAUGUUCCUCCAACACGAAGACAGCGACAUCUUCAACCCGGCCUACAAGAACGUCUACCAGGACAUGACGCAGCCUCUCAACCAUUAUUACAUAUCUUCCUCGCAUAACACGUAUCUCACCCAUGACCAGCUCAAAGGACCCAGCAGCACUGAAGCCUACAUUAGAGCUCUGAUGAAGAGUUGCCGCUGCGUGGAGCUGGACAUUUGGGACGGCCCCAACGGCGAGCCCAUCGUCUACCACGGAUACACGCUCACUUCUAAAAUCCUCUUCAAGGACGUAAUCAAAGUCAUUAAAGACUAUGCCUUUAAGACGUCGGACUACCCCGUCAUUCUGUCCUUGGAGAACCAUUGCAGUGUUGACCAGCAGAAACUCAUGGCCCACUACAUCGUCUCCAUCCUGGGGGACGCCUUGGUCAACAAGCCCCUCGGGAAAGUUAUCCCCACCACCUUCCCCUCACCAGAGGAGCUCAAGGGCAAGUUCUUGAUCAAGGGAAAGUGCCUCAACAAAUUGGACGCCAUGUUCAACAACAACACAAUCUCAGACGGCACGGUGUCCGAGGAGGAUGAGGCGGCGGAGCAAGAGAACGGACAAAAAGCGCCUCAAAAGAAAUCAAAGAUCAGACUGGCGAAGGAGCUGUCAGAUGUGGUCGUCUACUGCAAGAGCGUCCACUUCAAUGGUUUUGAACACGCCAGGGACAAGUUGGACUUUAACGAGCUGUCCUCCUUCAAGGAGAGCAAAGCCUUCAAUUUUGCUGAGAACUCGCCCACGGCCUUCAUGCACCACAACAUUGACAAGCUGAGCCGGACCUAUCCGGGUGGCUCCAGAACUGACUCAUCCAACUACAACCCGGUGCCCCUGUGGAAUGCUGGUUGCCAAAUAGUGGCGCUCAACUUCCAGACACCCGGCAAGGAGAUGCAGAUCAAUCAGGGCCGCUUCCUACCCAACGGCAUGAGCGGCUACAUCCUCAAGCCGGAAUUCCAAAGAGACCCCUCCUCUCAGUUCGACCCUAACGUGCUUUCCCACGGACCCUGGCUGAGGAAGAAGACCCUCCAUGUCAUGGUGAUCUCGGCCCAGCAGUUACCCAAGCUCAACGUGGACAAACAGAAAUCCAUCGUGGACCCCCUGGUGAGGUUAGAGAUGUACGGCGUGCGGGCUGACAACGCCAUCAAGGAGACGCACUACAUUGAUAAUAAUGGAUUUAAUCCCAUGUGGAACGAGCGCUUCCAGUUCGACAUCCACGUCCCUGAGCUGGCCAUCUUGCGAGUGGUUGUGGAGGACUACGAUGCUACGUCGGCUAACGACCUUAUUGGCCAGUACUGCCUGCCGCUUACCUGCGUGCAGAAUGGUUAUAGGCACGUUCCGCUUCUUAACAAGAAUGGCGACCUGAUCUCGUCGGCCGGCCUCUUCGUGCACAUCAUGCUCCUGGAUGCCAAUUAACGCAGGGGAAAAUGACAUUUUCUGCUCCUACCAGUUAUUGUAUUUUAUUUUAUUUUUUAAAUGCAACAAUGUCUGCAUAAUAACUAAGCCAAUAAGCCAAAGUGAACGAGUAUGGAGAGUAUUUGAAUGUAUUCGUCCCACUGAUGGUAAUAAGCUCAGGUUGGAAGGAAGAACUUUGAAGAUAAUAGUAUUUAAUUUAUGUAGAUGGUAUUUUCUGACAAGCUACACUAAGGCUUUUUUUUAUGGAAUUUCGUAUGUUUUUGUCAAAACAGAUGAUCUAAUUGUCCAUUAGGAAACUGUAUGAACAAACAAUGUGAGUUGUUUUUUGUCAUCGAACACACAAAGCCUAAUUUUUUAGGGCUAUUAUGUUGAAUUAUUAUCAUGUUACCGUUAUUAAAACCUGAAUUGCAAAUGAUCCCACUGAUAAUCCAA